AUGUCUUCAGACGAAAUAGUAUGGCAGGUCAUUAACCAGCAGUUCUGUUCCUUCAAGCUCAAGCUCAAUACAAAACAGCAGACCUUCUGCAGGAAUGAAUACAACUUGACAGGGUUCUGCAAUCGACAAUCGUGUCCGCUUGCCAACUCUCGAUAUGCGACGAUACGACCGGAUCCUGAGACAGGAGCACUGUGUCUCUACAUUAAAAGCCCGGAACGAACACAUCUGCCUUCAAAAUGGUGGGAAAAGAUCCGAUUGCCAAACAACUAUGAAAAAGCACUGGCGCAGAUCGAUGAAAAACUGAUCUACUGGCCAAAAUUCUACAUCCACAAGUGCAAGCAGCGGCUCACGAGGCUGACGCAGGUGGCCAUCCGACAGCGGCGACUGGCCAAGGAAGAGGAAAGGUUGGGAGAGAAACUGGUACCGAAGCUCGCGCCAAAAAUCAGACGCAGAGAAGAGACAAGAGAGCGCAAGGCCGAGAGCGCUGCGAAGGUCGAACGGGCCAUCGAGCGAGAAUUGAUCGAUCGAUUGAGAAGUGGCGCAUACGGUGACAGACCUAUCAACGUCGAAGAAAAUGUAUGGAAGAAGGUGUUACGGGGCCUGGAGCGGGCUGAGAAGGGAGAAGACCUUGCCGAUGAGGAGGAAGAAUUGGAAGAAGAUCUCGAAGCUGAAGUCGAAUAUGUCUCCGACUUUGAAGAGAGCGAGGGUGAAGAAGAACAUGAGAUGGAGGAUUUUGAUGACUGGCUUGGUGGUGAGAGUGCCGAUGAAGAGGAUGAUGGGUCGGAUGCAUCCGACAGCGAUGAAGAUUCAGAAGACAGCGAUCAAGGCAGCCAAGAUGAGGAUGAGGAUGGGGAAGCUGCACCCGGCGGGAAGAGGAAACGCGCUGCAGCGCCACCGAAGCCUCGCAAGAAACCUGGUCGGGUUGAGAUUGAAUACGAGACCGAACUACCGCCAAGAGAGCUCACGGUUGCUUAA